GAUAUGAUGGAAGAGUAUUCCGAAAAACCGUCGGCUCCCUCCAAGGUUCCUUUUUAUAAAAAAAAAAAGUACUGGAUCAUUUGCUCAAUCUUAACAGUCAUCACCACUAUCACAGUUGUUCUUUUAGCAAUUUUUGUUUUCUUCCCUAUGAUUGCUCAAAACAUAAUGAAUGCUGCAAAAAUUGACGUAGAUGCUGCUCAAAUUAGUUUCAGUAAACCCGAAGCAUUGAACAGUCAGACAUACAGCAAACGUGAUGGUGACAACAUGAAUACGACCUUUUAUAUGAACAUGGAAAGUUCGCUUAGCAAAACCGGCCCUUUUUCUGCAAACAUUCGUUAUCAUAACCCCAUUGAAGUACUUUACAAAGAUCAGGUUUUGGGUAAUAUCUUUCUAUUUAACGAUAGUAGCAUCAGUCAUGGAAAAGGUACUUUAAACGCUAUCACUCCUUUCUUAAUCAAAGAUGAAGCUGCUUUCGCCUCUUUUUCUCGGGAUAUGAUGGCCGUUGAAUCUUUCGAAUGGACUCUUCGCGGGAAACUUGAUAUUACUGCUCUUACUAGAACUGCUACUAUUAAUCUAGACAAAAAAAUUACUUUAAAUGGUAUGAACGGAUUCCCAAAUGUACACAUUGAAUCUUUUCAACUCCCUGGUGAUGAUCCCAACGGCGGCAUUUUUGUAGAACUAGGUACCGUUCUUGAAAGUCCUUCUCCAAUUGGCGUUCAACUCGGUACUAUUGCACUUUCUAUUGGAUAUGACGGUGUUAAUAUUGGUACUGUUCAAGCAGAAAAUGUAAAUCUUGCUAAAGGGGACAAUCAUAUUCUUCUCAAGGGUACCCUGAUUCCUCAAACUGACUCUAAUGCUCUUGAAAAAGUUGGUAAUCUUUUUUCUAACUACGUCUCUGGUAAAGUCUCGAACACCUCUGCUGUCGGAAUAUCUGCUGCACCUGACGGAGUUAAUCCCAUUAGCUGGCUCUCUGAAGGUUUCAAAAGUGUCCAACUUAAUGUAGCUUUGGCUGCUGCUGAACCUCUCAAGAUUAUAAAUUCUGUUCAAAUGGGUUAUCUCGAUUUAAAUUUUGAUGACGCCAAUCCGUAUAAACCUUCUGCCAAUGCUCCUAGUGUUAAUGCAGACUUCAAAAUUCCAUUUGGUUUUAGUUUAAAUAUCACUGAGGUUACUCAGAAUAUCACACUAGCUGUCAACACUUCUGACACCGAAACUACUGAUUUUGCUACGAUUCAUGUUCCCAAUGUGGCUGCCAUCAGUGACCAAAAGGCUGGUACUUUGAAAUUUCCUCUUAAAAAUGACGCCAUUGCUGGAAUACCUGAGCGAGAGAGUUUCUUUGAUCAGUAUAUCUACUCUUUAACCGCUUCGAACAAUUAUACAUUCAUGGUCUCUGGAAAUGCAUCUACUAAAACAAAUACUCCAAUUGGUCCUAUCACAUUGGGUGGUAUAUCAUUUUCUGUUCCUACCACACUUCGUGGCCUCCAAUUUCUCAAUAGUAGUGCGACUGUCAUAAAUUCUCUUGAUGUUUCUGGUGGUACUACACAAAAUCUUUUGCUCGACAUCAAUGUUACAAUGAUUAAUCCCUCUGACUUUGGCAUUUCUACUGGCGAUGUAAGCUUUGUAAUGGGCGCUGAUGGUACUGAUCUUGGUCUAGUAACUUUGUCAAAUCUAACUUUGGCUCGUGGAGAAAACACAGUUGCUGCUACUGCUACCUUUGACCCCAAAUCAUCUGAUGUAGGAAAAAAUCUCUUAAGUACAUUUGUCAUGGGAAGCGACAACUCUGUGUCUAUCUCUGGUUAUAGCAAUUCUACCAAUAUUAGCUCUUUGGUAGGAUCUUUGGGUGCCUUAAAUCUUGUCUCGACUCUUCCUGGUCUUAAAGCUGCGUUGAUCCAAGGUGGAGCUAUGACAGUACUUCCUGAUACAGUUACAUCCGGUACGGUUGGUGUCAAAGUGUCUAUCGCAAAUCCGUUCUCCUCCGGUUUAUCAAUUACAAAGGUUACAGCUGCCGCUACUCUUUCCGGUAUGCCUGUUGGCAAUAUUGAUCAGGAUAUAAGUAAUAAUCCUUUUGUUAUUCCUGGCAAAGUUACUGCAGAAUCCCAGGAUCUUGAUAUGAAUUUAAACGUUGAGCCUGCCUCUAUUGCUCUACUACUUCGUACUCUUGCUGUAAAAGCUGAUAUGGAUACCCGCUCUCUGGACGCUUUGCUUGGUUUAGGCGGGUUUGAAAUUGCCGGAAUGGAAGCUGUUGGCUCAGAUUCAAGUUUGUUUGCUAAUUUCAACAUCUCGAACUAUGUCAUGGAAGCUAUGAAAGCUUUAAAAGUUGAUCUGUCUCUAACUUCUGGUUUAAGUAUUGGUCAAUAUCAGCAAGACUUGUCUUUUUCUCAAGGAAGUGUAGCAAUAAAAACUGACAGCUCUGUCACAUCUUUGAUUCCUAUUGUCGGACAACCAAUUGUUCAGCAGAUUGUCGACGGUGCGGUACUCGGCUUUGAAAGUAUAGUUAUGUCUGCUCCUACUGAAACGGGAUUUUCUGUUCAAAUGAAGGGAUCGAUUACCAAAUGUGGGCCUAUUGACGCUAUAAUCAGUUUCCCUUCACCUCUUUCGGUGUCGUGGCAAGGAAAAAAACUUGGUACAGUUACUAUGGCUGCUAUUUCCUCUAAAGCUGAUGUUGGGGCAAAUUUUGAUGUCGCCGGAAAGUUUGUUAUUUCAAAUGGUGAUGAUAUGGCUUCUUUUGCAGCAUAUAUGAUCAAUAACAAAGAUUUUGUUUGGGAUAUUGCUACCAAGGAUGUUUCUGUCAAUGCUCUUGGGUUUACAUUUACUAAGAUUAGUAUGGAGAAGUUUGUUGCACUAGCCGGCGCUCAAGGAUUUAAGGAUUCCGUUACCAUUAAAUCAUUCGAUUUACCUUCUAAUGACCCUGCUGGUGGAAUCACCCUUACAGCCGAAACUUCUAUCAAGAAUCCUAGUCAAAUUGGAUUUAAUUUUGCCGGUGUUAGUUUUGAGACUAUCUUCAAGGAUACUGAUCUUGGACCUCUUGCUUCCAAUGGAGCCGCAGUAUUUCCUCCUCAAGGCGCUGCCUCUAUAUCUAUGAAGGGCCGUUUGGUUCCUCAAAAUUCCGCUUCCGGACUAGCUGCCAUCAAUGAAGUUUUUAAUAAUUAUCUCGGUGGUAAUAGUAGUAUUGUCCAAGUUAAAGGUGUCUCUGCCUCUGGCCCCGGAGGUGUUGUUGGGUGGCUUUCUACGGCGUUCAAAACAUUACUUAUUGAAAAUGUUAUUUUGCCUGGACCUAAAGUAAAGCCUCAGUUGAUUCCUGCUGUUACUUUAAAGGACAUGUCGUUAGAUUUCACCAAAGAUCCUUGGGCUCCACCCGCUAGCUCAAGCAAUGUUCAGGCUCAAAUAAAAAGUCCCUUUGGAUUCCCUCUCGGUGUUAAUGAGCUUAGUAUGAAAGUUGAAGCUACUUAUAAGGGAUCCGGUGUUGCUACUCUUGAUGUACCUACUGAAAAAGCCACAACUAGUUCUACAGGCUUGGUUUCAACACAGUUUACUGAUGUGCCUUUUAAGGUUAUUGAUAAAACUCUUUUCUCUGGCUUUGUACAACUUUUGACCUUAAGUCCUAGUGUUACUUUUGGAUUGGAAGGUGCCACUAACGCUGUUGCUCAGACCGCUGUUGGAGAAAUCAGUCUCAAAAAUAUCGGUUUCAGUGUUGAUACUUCUCUUGCUGGUUUCGCCGACUUUGGAGGAAAAGCCACCAUUCUUUCUAUCAAAAUCAGCGGCGGUACAUCUGAUUACAUUCUUAUUGAUUUAACUUUUUCUCUUGACAAUCCAUCCAAUAUUACUAUCACUAUCGGCGAUAUCAAUUUUGAUACGAUCUUAAAUGAGUUUAACUCUGUAAUUGGCAGUGUAUAUCUCAAAGAUGUUGUUAUUCCUCCUGGAUCAAAAGUGUUUAGUGCCCAAAUGCAUUUAGGCGAACGUGUUACCAACUCUAAAGGAGUCAGUCAAGUCCUCAGUGACUAUUUAACCGCAGCAACGGUCCCUGUUACUAUUGUUGGCUCCGAACGCUCUACCACAAUUGCUCCGCUUUCCCCUGCUUUGUCUUCUGUUAAGCUUGCUUCUAGUAUGAGUGGCAUUCAAGCAAAUUUGAUUAGCGGUAUUGCAGUAAAAGGCAGUCUUAUAGGUCUCAUUUUCCAAAAGAAAGCCACAAGUCAAAUUACACUUCAGAAUCCCAUGGAUACAUCUUAUGCAAUUAAGUCAGUCAAAGCGUCUGUUGUUUUUAAACCAACUUCUGGUGCUGAACCAUUUACUGUCGGUACUAUUGACUAUAACCUUCCAAGUCCUGCCGUAGUUCCUGCCAAAGGCUCUAUGAAAACUGAAGAUUGGCCUGUGACUAUUGAAGGUUCGGGUCCUGAGCAUUUAAUCCAACUUCUAGGCAUGCUUUUUGAUAAAGAAAAGUAUUUCGAUGUUCAACAAAAUGUUACUGUUAUUGUUGGUGGGGCUUAUGAAUCAGAAAUGUUCUACUACCAAGAUCGCGUCCCUUUUACUCUCUCAAUUGAUAAUCUUCCACCAAUAGGUAUUGAACCUUCGUCAAUCUCUGCCCAAUCUCUUCCGAAGAAUCUUACUUCUAUCACUGAUCCUGAUGAAUUUCAAAAUAUGCUAUCAAAGUUUUUGUCUGGAAAACCUCUAUUUGAUGUAUCUUCGUCUUCUAGCAAUCCUUCGUCAUCGACUGUGCCUUCCACAAGCAACAUAUCUGCUUCGCCUACUCAAACUUCUAGUUCCACUACCAAAGAGGAAAAGGAUCUUACUACUACUACAACUGAGCCCUCAAAAACUACUGUCAAAGAGCCUACGACGACAUCGGAAGAGAAAUCGGAUGUGACUACCUCAUCCGAGGCGAAGGCAGCUGCGACUACCUCAGAAAGGCCUUGGUUUAAAUUACCAUUUUAAUAUACAUAAUCAAAUAAGAAUUUUUUUAUAUUCCUUAGCAUCUAUUUUAUCUUAUCC